AUGUCAGAUCAGGAGGCAAAACCUUCAACUGAGGACUUGGGAGAUAAGAAGAGAGGAGAAUACAUAAAACUCAAAGUUAUUGGACAGGAUAGCAGUGAGAUUCACUUUAAAGUGAAAAUGAACACACAUCUCAAGAAACUCAAAGAGGGCCAGAGUGAACUGGGAAUGGAGGAAGAGGAUGUGAGUGAAACUGAUCAGGAACAAACAGGGAAUCACUCAAGGGUUUAA